AUGCAGAGUACGUUUUCCGCUCCACCUGAUCAUCCCGUCCCCACACGCACUCCGAGGAACUUCGGUGUCUCUGACCUUUUCCCAGCCAAACAUUUCUUCUCCGAUCCCAAUCACUUGGUCCUGACAGCGCUUAACUCGCUUACUCUCACAAACCCAUCGUUGGCGCUGGAUCGACAGAACAAGAUCAUUUUCCGCCGUCCAGAUGCGCCCCGCAAGCCGAACAAGGUCUCCAUCGUGACGGGCGGCGGCUCGGGCCACGAACCCGCUUUUGCGGGCUUCGUCGGUCAUGGUCUUUGCGAUGCCUCUGUCGCAGGCACCAUCUUUGCGUCCCCCUCCGCGGAGCAGAUCCGCAGAGCCGUCAUCGAUCGCGUCCCCACUGAAAAUGGCGUGCUGAUCAUUCCUAUGAAUUAUACCGGCGAUGUGCUGAACUUCGGUAUGGCGACGGAGAAAUCCCGUGUCGCUGGUAUCAAGACAGAAUUCUUUGCCAUCAAUGAUGAUGUCGGUGUCGGUCGUGUCAAGGGUGGCAAGGUCGGUCGCCGCGGGAUUGGUGGUGGUGUGUUGAUUUUGAAGAUGGUCGGCGCUUUGGCUGAGGCUGGUGGCUCUCUGGAUGAAGUCUACGCUCUAGCCCAGCUAGCCAACAAAAAUCUCGUCUCGCUGGGCUCAUCGCUGGAGCACGUCCACGUGCCUGGUCGUGGUGUCCCCGAAGACACCAUCCCACACGGCGAGGUCGAAGUCGGCAUGGGAAUCCACAACGAGCCUGGCUCUCACCGGACGAAAUUCGAACUAGUCGAGCUGGUCGCGGGUAUGCUCCUGCAGCUACUCGACCACAACGACCCAGACCGCUGCUACGUGACCCGCAAGCCGGAGGACAAGUUCGUCCUACUGAUCAACAACCUCGGCGGCGUGAGCCCGCUCGAGCUAGCCGGUAUCACCGACGAGGUCUACCGCCAGCUGCAGCGCGACUACCAAGUCAACAUGGUCCGCGUCAUCCAAGGCACAUUCCUAACCAGUCUGAACGGCCUCGGCUUCAGCAUCUCGCUCAUGAAGCUAGUCGACCCAGGCUACGCUGGAAAGACCAUGCUCGAGCUCCUAGAUGCACCCGCCGAGGCAGUCGGCUGGUCUGCCCCAAUCAACACCGCAACCUGGGAUAACCGCAACGACGACCCCGUGGAACUGAAAUCCUCCAACCUAACCGAAGACAUCCACAGCAACCUCCAGCUCGACCCCAAAAUCCUCCAAAAGGUCCUCAGCGCAGGCCUCCAGCGCGUCAUCAAAGCCGAAGCCGAAGUAACCCGCUACGACACCAUCGUCGGCGACGGCGACUGCGGCAUCGGCCUAAAGCGCGGCGCCGAAGCCAUCCAAGAUCUCCUCACCAACACCCCCCUCAGCACCGACAUCGUCAGCACAGUCGCGCGCAUCGUGACAGUCGUCGAGAACGUCAUGGACGGCACCUCGGGCGCCAUCUACGCCAUUUUCCUCAACGCGCUAGCCCACGGCCUCCUCGCACACAACACCCCCUCCCCAACCCCAAUCACCUCCGCAACAUGGGCCGCCGCGCUAAAGUCUUCCUUCGCUGCGCUUGGUAUCUACACGCCCGCGAAGCCAGGCGAUCGCACACUCAUCGAUGCGCUAGCGCCGUUUAUCGACACGCUGGCGGAGACGAAUGAUCUGCGGGCUGCGGCGGCGGCGGCGCAGCAGGGGACUGAGUCUACGAAGGCUAUGAAGGCGAGUCUUGGGAGGAGUGUUUAUGUUGGCGGAGAGCAGGAAUGGAUUGGGAAGAUUCCUGAUCCCGGUGCGUUCGGGUUAUCCGAGUUUUUGGCUGGGUUGGCGGAGGCUGUUUAG